UUUUCUUUUCGCUACCACGAACAAACAAUUUGCAAGCUUCCUAGCGUGCAAUUCGUGCAUCCGUUCGCCCACCACCGUCAUACAGACCCUGAGAGCGAUCGUCGAAGGACGUGCUCAUGGACGUUCUUCGACGAUGGACGCUAAGGAGAGCAGCGAGGACGAGGAGGAGACGCGGCGCGAAGUCCCGGCACCGUUCGACAAGUUCGACGAGACCAUUGUGGUGCGUAACGCCGAGGAGAUCAAGAGCCCUGUGAAUCUGAGGCCUUCCACUUCCAGAAAGAGCAGGAAAGCCAUACUGACGAGUGACAGCUCGAACACGUUGGAGUCGAGCUCGCCGCGCGGGAAACACGAUUUUCGAAGAUAUUCGGGCAACGAACUCAGCUUCAGCAAGCCGAUAGAUAUCGGUAGCGAUCCCUCGGACAGCGAGGAAAGCGACGAUGAUGACAUACAGGGUACAAAUGUUGCGAAACCAGUCGACCUGUACAAUCCGAAGGAAUUCGAGAACCUGGAGGCGUCGACGGAGGUCAAGGAGUUAUUUCAAAACAUAACAAGGUACACGCCGCAGAGGAUCGAGCUGAACUACAAGCUGAUACCGUUCAUUCCCGACUACAUACCGGCGGUCGGCGACAUAGACGCCUUCAUAAAGGUGCCCAGGCCGGACGGUGUGGAGGAUAAGAUCGGCCUGACGGUAUUGGACGAGCCGUGUACCGACCAGUCGGACCCGGCGGUGCUACAUCUGCAGCUGCGCAGCCACUCGAGGAGCGCCGGUGCCGCUCGGCAGGCGGUAGUCAAGCGGAUCGAGGACGCCGAGAGGAACGGCAGGUCCAUCGACAAGUGGAUCGACGACAUGAAUCAGCUGCACCGGAGCAAGCACCCGCCGGCGGUGCAGAUCAACCGGACGAUGCCGGACAUCGACGGACUGAUGCAGCAGUGGCCGACCCAGGUGGAGGAGAAGUUCAACGAGCUGCAGGUGGACCUGUCGGACCUCGAGUGCAGCCUGCCGCAGCUGGUCGACGUCGCCUGCAACCUCCUGGACAUACCGGCGCGCGACGGCGCCCGACUGGAGGCCCUUCACACGCUGUUCACCCUUUUCCUCGAAGUCAGGAACGUCGAGAGCCAGAACUUUUGAACGGCAAACCGGCGAGGAAACCACGAAUGGAUAAUAAUAUCUUUCAACCAGAUAAAAUUAUUCGGUCACGAUAAAUAUGUAAAAUGAAACAGAUAAUUUCCUUGGAAAAGUUCUUUCGUAAGAAAAUUAUCUUUCGUUUUAACUAAAUUUUGUUUAUUUGAGAUAAAGAUACAUAUUCUCAGUCCCACAAUCGUACUUAAUAAUCGAAACAUUAGCUUCUUUGGAGCAUGCCAAUGAUGAAGUUUGUUUGGAUGUAAUAAA